AUAUAGGGGGCCCGAAAUUCUGUUGGGCCUUUAUGAUAAUAAUAAUUCUCUGAUUCAUAAAUAUGUCACCGAUUUAAAAAAUCGGUAUCCGCCAAAGCUGACUCCUGCUUAGAGUUGCGUCGGAUCCGCAACUAGUUGGUCGUUCAGACAGCGUCGACGAGAUAUUUUUCUGGUCUUUCUUCGUCUAUAAAUCCAUUCAUUCAAAGAGAAGAAGAAGAAGAAAAUGAUUCCUUGGGGUGGAGUUACCUGCUGCCUGAGCGCUGCCGCUCUUUAUCUUCUCGGCCGGAGUAGUGGCAGGGAUGCUGAAGUACUCAAAACCGUCACUCGGGUUAGCCAGCUUAAGGAAUUAGCGCAAUUGCUAGAGUUAGAUAGCAGCAAGCUCCUGCCUUUCAUUGUGGCGGUAUCAGGAAGAGUUGGCUCUGAGACACCUAUCAAGUGUGAGCAUAGUGGCAUACGCGGUGUUAUCGUCGAGGAAACGGCGGAACAACAUUUUCUGAAACACAAUGAGACGGGUUCUUGGGUACAAGAUAGUGCAUUGAUGCUGUCAAUGAGUAAGGAGGUUCCUUGGUUUCUGGACGAUGGGACAAGUCGUGUCAAUGUGGUGGGAGCUCGUGGUGCAACAGGAUUUGCCUUGACUGUUGGAAGUGAAGUAUUUGAAGAGUCAGGGCGUUCGCUUGUACGAGGAACACUUGAUUAUCUUCAAGGCCUCAAGAUGCUUGGAGUAAAACGCAUUGAGCGCGUUCUUCCAACUGGAAUGCCGCUAACAAUUGUUGGUGAGGCUGUCAAGGACGAUAUUGGUGAUUUACGGAUUCAGAAACCUGAAAGGGGGCCUUUCUACGUCUCUCCUAAAUCACUCGAUCAGCUCAUUUCUAAUUUGGGAAAAUGGUCAAGGUGGUACAAGUACGCCUCCAUGGGUUUAACUGUUUUUGGUGUGUUUCUAAUAACAAAACAUGUUAUUGAUUCUGUUCUAGAGAGAAGACGACGGCGAGAGUUACAGAAAAGAGUGCUUGAUGCAGCAGCUAAGAGAGCUGAGCGAGAGAGUGAAGGCUCAAACGGGACACAUGAGAGCGUUUCAGAUUCUACCAAGAAAGAAGACGCUGUUCCUGAUCUAUGUGUGAUCUGCCUAGAGCAGGAGUACAACGCUGUGUUUGUCCCGUGUGGUCAUAUGUGCUGCUGCACCGCAUGCUCUUGCCACUUGACCAGCUGUCCACUUUGCCGGAGACGAAUAGAUCAGGUCGUUAAGACUUACCGUCACUGAACAACAACUCAACCGUCAGAAGCAUUCUCUACUCGUGUCUUGUCUGUAUCAAAACGAUCAGUUUAGCCUCCGUUAUCCUCUCUUGUUUGAUUUUGAGAACAGUACAUUUGAAUUAUAUAUAUUGUAUACAUUUUGAUAACACUACAUCUAAAAUUGUAGCCUUGGAAACUAAAGUGUCCUUGAAAGACUAAACAUUUUUAUUUGGCAA